GCCCCGCCCCGAAGUGGCGUCACAUCCUGAGCGCCGCCGGGGUUGUGUGCACUUCCCGUUAGGAGCCGCCCGGACGCUCUGGCCGUGCAGUGAUCCGAUCCCCACCGGCAGGAUGUCAGCCAGUAUCCCUGGAAGCUCAAAUGUGGCUACUGGCGGUAAUCGUCGUCUUCAGCAGACUCAACACCAAGUAGAUGAGGUUGUUGACAUCAUGAGAGUGAAUGUGGACAAGGUAUUGGAGCGAGAUCAGAAGCUGUCAGAGCUGGAUGACCGUGCUGAUGCACUGCAAGCAGGAGCUUCCCAGUUUGAGACCAGUGCAGCCAAGCUGAAAAGAAAGUAUUGGUGGAAGAACUGUAAGAUGUGGGCAAUAUUGAUAGCUGUUGUUCUCAUUAUCAUCAUCAUCAUUAUUGUCUGGAGUGUGUCUUCAUGAGUUACAAGAAGAAACUCAUCAACUGAAGGUGUCCAUCUUCAGCCUCUCCACUUCAAACCUGCUGUAUUUUCAGCUUAUUUACUGCUGUUUAAAGCAAAACUUAUUUUGAUUACUGGAAUGUUAGCUAACUUUACCUGGUUGCCUUAAGACACUUCUGUCAUAAAUUACUAACAAGCACAGCCCACCACUUGCACAGUGCCUUGAUGACCUGGGGCACAGUGCUGGUGAGGAGGAUUUGGCUCUAGGAUUUCUACGGUCGAUGCUGUAACGGGUCACAGGCUCUGUGCACAGUUUUGGGAUUUAUCCGCCAUCCUCCUCACCCACCUGCCCCUCCUCGGUGCCAUCGCGGGGGGCUCGGCUCCCUGCCCUGACCUGUGCCUUGCAGGGAGCGCCCGCAUCCCGGGCUCUCCCCGCCUUGCCUUAACGCAGGGGAAGAACCCGCACCCCACUGAGCACUAAUGCCUUCGCUAACGCCGAACGCACGCAGCCGCCAGGGUGGAGCCGCAGCGGGGGCUGCCCCGCCGUGCCCUCCCGGCGGAGACGGUCUGCGGGACGCCGCUCGGCCUCGCCGAGGCCAAAGGCGCGGCGAAGUGCCGGCCCGGCCCCGCCGUGGCCGAGGGGCGCGGUCCGCUGCCGGCCGCUCUCCGCCCAGGUGCGGCGGCGGGGACGGUGCCGCACGUGGCGGCGGGGCUGGCGCGCGCACGGGGGCCGCGUGAGGGGCGGGGCGAGCGGCCGCGGAGGCGCCGCCCCGCCCCGCCGCGCGCCGUCCCUUCCAAUAAAGCGGCUCUUGACCCUGA